GGUAUACAAGCGUAGUCUUCUAUAGCACAAAGACACCCUUCUAAUAUCAGUAGCAGAUCCAGAGGCGAUGCUGAGUCUCAAAUAUAACUUCCUUUGUGUUCGGUUUCUUGUAGGUCACAUUGAAGACAUUCCUGGAUGACCGCAGUUGACGGACGGAGGAAUGGAGGGUAGACUAUAAGGCCCAGAAUUUAUCAUUUCUCUUAGAUAAUUUGUAAGAAUAUAGGAUCUUGUUGUACGAGUAAUACUAAAUAAUCGAGGAUUGCUGUGUUGGCACCAAAGAAAGCGACUAGCCGAGUUUGGCUUCGGAGAUAAAUCACGUUACGACCAAAUGCAAUCAGACUGAGGGUCUACCAGAUUCAUCUGAUUUAGACAUCCUUAUCUUCGUUUUGCCUGUCUCGUUGCUCGACUAUUGCUCUAGGCAGAUACGACCAGAUGUGAAACAUAUGGUUCUCGUUGAUUAUCACUUCGGCCAGCUUGAACAUCCGAGGUUGAGCGUCAACAAUUUCUCAACACCAACGCCACUAGAUUCAUGAAUCAUACUUCUCUGGAAGUGACCAAGCGGCAACACACUUCAUAGACACCCUCGAUAUGGAGACCCAGAUUAAGACAUCCAGGCUACGACAGAGCUGCCGCUUUUGCCGAGGCCGAAAGAUUAGAUGUUCUGGAGGACGUAUCUGCAAAGCUUGCCGAGACCGUAAUAUUAAUUGCGUUUACGGCCCUGAAGCCCGCAAGGGCCGACCAAAGCGCAAAGGAACGGAGGACAAGUGCACCCUUAACCCGGGUGUCAGCAAGCGCGACAGGAAGCAGUCCAUUUCAUUGGUUAAUACUGCAGUAUCCGGCGUUCUGAGCGAUGAUUCGGUGGUGCACGCAUCAGUGGCCCUCGAGAAGGUUCACACUUUGGGCAAUGACCUAGAGCAGAUGUUUGAUGAUUACUUUAUCAGCAAGACUGGAUCGGAAUCCAAUCUUCUUCAGUUGUCUAUGAGUUCUUUUCAGAGACGUCAACAGCAGUCGUAUACAUACAGUCAUCCUACACACCAUCAAGUAAAUUAUGAAGGGCUCUUAUCCUCCAUUGCCCAAGAGAUGGUGGAAAUGCUACUUCUGCGCGUUGGCUCUUUGAGAUGUGGACAGCCAGAGAACAACCGAACCUUCUUUAUUGCUACUCUAGUGGCUGACACUACACCGUCCAUGUUCGACCCUCCACAGUAUCAUAAUCCUCUAACAGCUCUAGGAAAGCACCGCAUCUUGCAGUUGAUUGACAUGUGGUUUUCGGUGCAUCCUCUGUCGCCACUGGUAUCAAAAACCUUGCUUACUAGUGAAGUUAAGGAUGGAACAGUGGACGAGGCUCUAUUGGCAAUCAUUUUGGCUGAUGCGUAUCAUGUUUUAAGUGGUGACAGCGAACAACAUGGAGCUAUACGCGAUGAAUCCCAGAAGUUGUCUGAGUUUGCCUCCAUCCAAAUCAAACAGCGCCAGCUACCACUUGGCGACACCGAGGCUCUCUCCACUGUACAAGCCUUGUUUCUCAUAGGAUGGAGAGAAUUGUGCUUGGGUCAUGCCCGGCGAGCAACCUGCAUUGUGGGCUAUACUUGCUAUAUGGCCUCACGUUUAGAAAAAACAUGGAAGAAUGCCGAUAUGAAGAGCGUAAAAUUGAAUGGUGUUGAAAUUGACCUGGUCAAAAAAGAGGUCUUGCAAAAUGUUCACUGGUUAUGCUUAACCACCACCACCUGGGCGUUUAUGCAAUUUGAUCAGGCCCUUGCGCUCUUCGGCCCCGACGAGAUCCCUGAUUUUCCCUGCCGGGAUGAGACCACCUCCGCCCUGAUACGCUUAGACCAGGCGUCCGAUAACAUAUCUACACUGCCGGCACAGAUACAAGCCUUACGAUAUCUAUGGCCUCUCAGCCAUAUCUCCAGUACGGUGUCUCACAUCUAUAUUCUGUAUCUCAAUAUGCCUGCCAAGGGAGUACCAAAGGCCUCAUGGCAGGAGCAGCAUAUUCACCAGUUAUACGAUCUCCUUCAGUCUUGUGCUGACUUCCCCACGUUGUCGGCUAAGAUUAGAGACAUCCUUCUUCAGGCGGUACAAGCUGUGGAGAGUCAAACCACGACAUUGCCUUCACAACUUUACUUGUUGACUGCCUACCAUGUUAUAAUCACACACAUGCUAUUCUCUCAGAAUAAAACGGACCAAAAGUCGUUGAGAAUUUCGUCUACGAUCAUAAAUGCCUUCUGCCAGUCUGCGUCGGCACUUCUGGCCCUUUCGUAUCGCUCCUUAGAUCCGUCAAAGGGUAUAAUGCUGGAACAGAGGGAAGGAGGCAUGGCGUUCAUCAAUAUGCUUGUCCUGGGGCUCGAUACGUGUAGUAGAGCCCUAGUUCAUAUUUAUGACCACCUCAGCCGCGGUUUGAUUGACAGUCAAAAAGAAAACACAGCGAUCAAACAACAGCUAGCGAAUUAUGCUGAUAAAUUUCAUCAAAUUUGUAAAAGCGAUGCGGUGUCACGAUGUGGAACUGUGAUGCGGCCCGUUAAGAAACGGCUCAAAUGGGCGAAAUUGGCAUUUCAACACCUUCAGAUGCCACCUGAGCCCCAUCUUGAGGGCUUGUUGUUAGAUCUCCCCUUUUCCACUGACCGGCCUGGGGACAUGCCAUCGUCAGAUAUAGUUCCUGAUGCGCUCUUGGUGAACCAGCAGCCGAUCUCAGGCACAACUGAUCCAUUCUUUGUUGUGGAUGACCCCAUAAUCAACACGCUUCUAAGCCUUCCGGGGAUUACUGAUGCCCAUGAGGAGUUAUAUCAAGACUAUACGUGCCUCCAGCCGAGCAAGCCGAGCAUAGGGUCGGAGCAAGAUCUUCUCUACACCCCAAACCCAACAUCCUUGCUUCCAAGUGAUGGGGAAAGUCUAGAGUUGGUGUAUCGUGGCGCCAGGGGUUCGCCCCUGAGUCUCGUUAAUACCGAUGGCCGCCCGGAUGAGCUAAACUCCACGCCAUCUGACAUGACAGAAUUUAUGUAUAAUGAUACUGUCAAUUUUACGCCGCCAGAGCAGACCUUGGAUAACGAUUUAUUGUCACAGUUGCUCAGCAACCCCGAUGAUAACCUAGGACCCUUGUGCGGCAAAUGACGUAGGAGUUUAUGGCUGCAACGUGGCCCUCAUAAUGACGUUAGGCGUCUCAUAGCUCUAGCUAUGCUCACCUGUUCCUG